AUGGAAAAUGAGAACAUUUGUACAUGGUGUCUGGUUCCUACGCCACAUUGCAUGCUUUUGCUAUAUUUUUACCAGGGACCUUUACGUUUACCCUUUGGUAUUGGUGGUAUGCCUGGCAUGCCAAGACCAGCGAUGGGUGUGGUGCAACCAAGAUUACCUUUGUUGGGUCCAGGUUAGAUAUGUCUUAUACAAUUUAUAUUUAACUUACUUGACCAACCAAGAUUACCUUUGUUGGGUCUGAAUCUUGUAGGAUCACCAGGUCAGAUAUGUCUCAUAUACAUUUUAUAUUUAAUUAUCUUACUUGAAUUCAAAUUCGCGUGGCAAUUUUGAUACGUCUACACUGUUUACUUUGCUACCAAUUUUCCCUCAUUCUUAAAUUAAGGACGAUUUAAUUUCGCGGACAACCAAACGGAACAAAAUCACAUUUCAAUGAUGAUUUUUAUUGUUGAAAUGGCAUUGGAAUAUUGGAUACUUAAAAUUUCCAAGCAACUGAACUCGAAAUAUCCCAUGAGAAGAUUAGCAGGUCAAACAGGAUAUUUUCUUUAUGUAGCUGGAAUGACCAAUCUAGUGGCGAUGGAAUGUCAUACAGAGUAAUUUCUAUAUCUAACUAUCAGUAUUUUUGGCACGGCGCCAAUCGUUUACACGCGGAUCACUUUUCGCCCGUAUUACAAUAUGGCACCUUUUGGGACGGAUUAUAUUUCGCUCAGUUUUAAUUUCGCACCGUAUGUGUAAACCUUGCUUUAUUACUGUAUUUGCCCUCCAGAGUUUGUUGUAGACAAUGUAGAAGUUGCUAGAGGGAAUGCUAUGUUGAAUACUAACCCGCAAAUUGUAAUUAAUGUUAAAAUAAUCAGUGAAAAUGAUUGAGAUUCAAUCGAAAUUUCUUGAUUAUAUAGUUUGUUUUUAUUUUAAUAAAACACGAUUAUAAGCUCGUAUGAAAGUGCUUGCCACAGAGGAAGCUAGUCGUAUAAAGCUAUAGAUAGAUAUUGUACUGUAACUACAAUAUUCUUGCUAAGGUUUUACGAACUGUAACUUAAAUUGAUGUAGGUCCAUUUCCUGGUCCGCCUCUUAGAGUUCCUGUCAGUCAACCUGGGCCAACCAUUCGAGCACCACGUAUUCGUACCCCAGGCAUUCGAACCAUGCAUCCUAAUUUAAAGGUAAGUUUACAUGUAGAAUAAGAAACUGCGUCUUUUCAUCAGACUCGGCUCUGACUUGGGUAAUAACGGCAGUCUCAGGACCACAAAACACGUUGUUUCUUUCAACCUCUAUGAGUUCUCAAUAUUGAAUAAAGAAUUAUCAGACCGAACUCGAAAUCUCUAUCACAUAUAAAGAUACGACACGCUUAUGAUUUUUCUUUGUGUUUAAUGAGUUUUGAAGUUUGUGUAACAUGCUAAAUAUCGUUGAAAACAAAAUUUUCGAUAGUUUGAUUGUGGUUGCAAAAAGUGCUGUGUUUCUUGCGUAAAUUAUAGCUAGCAUUUCCACCAUAUGUAGAGUUAAAUUGUCUUUUCGUUCUUGCAUUGUGCCUUUCCUGAUACAGUUGUUUUGUUGUUGUUCAAUUUUUAAGCCUGGGCAAGGAGUCAGAAAAGUCCGACCUAACAACAGAAGUGGUGUAAUAACACUAAAACCCAGGCCUAACGCUGCAAAAAAGACUCCAGAUAAAGCGAACGAAUUGGCGAAUAAAGUUAAAGAGGAAGUAACUAAAAUGCUGGGAGAAGCUAAAGAAGGUGUCAAAAAAGACGAUAAGCAAGGUCAAGUUACGGACCAAAAGGUGACAAAAGAGAUCCCUAAAGCAAAAGAGACUGCAAGUGAGCCUGUUACGUCAAAAGUGACUGUGAGUGAACAACCUAAAGUGAAAAAAGUUGUAAAUGCACAACCCAAAGAGGAAGAAAAGGUAAUCUGACUUCAGAGUAAAUUUAUAUGGAAAAUUAUUCUCUCCCGCUGUUUUAUAGUACAGUAUGUAUGAAACGAAAUUUGGUCGUUUGAAUUGAAACUUUGUGUUGAAAAGUUACUGCAUGCACCCUAAAUGGUGUUGCAGUUAUACACCUUGCACCUAAUACUUCCUUGCCUUCCUUACGUGCUUCUUUCUUUCCUACUUUAUUUUUCAUGUGCAUACCUAUUGACUGAUGUUUGUAUACUGUGAAGUCAACAAACAAGUAAAGCGCAAAACAUCUGAUAUAUGACCUUAAAUCAUGGUAGAAAUUCACGUUGGCCUACUUACGUCAGGCUACUCGCGUUAGAUUCAGUAAAUGACACUAAAUGUCAUUUUACUUCAAUUACUUUACUCCCCGUCACUGUAUCCCACUGUACCCCUUUAUCUCACUAUACUCCUUUAUCGCACUAUACUCCUCUAUCGCACUAUACUCAUCCUUUUCCUCAGGAGUAAUAAUAAAUAUACAGUACUGUAGGAAUUUUGGCAUUUUACUGUGCUUUUCGGAACCUACCAAUCAUUGCUUUAUUUCAUUCAACAGGCUAAGGCCUCGACUCCUGAUUCACUGGCUGUGCCUCAGAAACUCGGUGAAAGUGCUGCGGCAGCGACUCAGCCUUCGGAUGAUGGAGUGAAAGGUACAGUAGUUAUACGUGAAGUAAUUUAUAGCAACUUAACGAUGCACUUUAUUGAACCGAAUUUGAAAAUUUCCAUUGAUUUACAUGAAUUCAGUGUGUGUUUUAAAAGACCAACAAAUGUUGUUAAUGUCUCGUUCAUUUAAGUCGCGUUAAAACGUGCGUCGUUAAUUUCUUAUAUAUGGGAAGUAAAUGUAUAUAUAAAUUGUUAUAGGAACUGGUGUUGCUAUACAUAUAUUUAAAUAUUUACAUUAUUCAAUACACUCUUCCGAAAAACGAUUUGCGAUAUUGGGUUAGGUUUUGAGCCUUUUAUCUUGUUACAGGAAUACAGGUGACACAUUUACGAAAUCAUGCAGUUAUACUAGACAACAUAUAAGACCUUGAAGUAAUUAGGUCAUCAGUAACAAGAUAAAGGGUUCUAGAACUGAUAUCUCUAUCACGAAAACGAGGCUCCAAGGACAGGACUAUCCGGAAGCGUCUGUUGCGUCACUCGUGUGCUGGUUCCCCUGUCACGUACACGUUUUAUUUGAUAAAAAUUACAUUCAGCAUUGGUUUGGGGAAAGGGAAGGGGUUAUCAUGUGUGCGUGUCCAUAAGAUUUUUAACCUGAUUCCACAUUCAUAUUCGUUUUAGUUUUUAUGGACGCAGAGCAGUUUAAACAGUUCCAACAGUUUCAGGAGCUAAUGAGAAAACAAAAACAGGCUGAGGUAAGGAUAGCAUUGUAUAAAGACAAAUUCGAAAAUAAGAUUGGACUUGAUUUCUUAUCCCAUACCUGUGUUAAAAGCGGCUUUCUGAUUGGUUUAGAGCAGGUGAGCUUGUCGUCGAGCUCACCUGCUUUUUGCCGAACUCACCUGCUUUUCGCCCGAACUCACCUGCUUUUCGCCCGAACUCACCCGCUAAACUGCUUACGUUGCAAUAUUAACAAUAACAAAUAUGGCGGACAAGAUUUAGCCGAUAAACCUAAACUUUAAAGAACUUUUUUCGGUGACUAACAUACUGAGACUGAAGAAAAACCAAAGAAAAAAUGCAGUAAAGGUAAUGUAGACGUAGCUAAAGAAGUAUUUUCUUGCCCAGUGAUUUUUUUGGCCGGGAAAAUGUUCACAAAACAUCGACGAAUAUAUCGCGAAGAGCUACAAAUGUGUGUAUGGCUCGGUGUAUGGGAUAAAACCUUCGCUCGGUAAGUUCGGGAAACUUCCAGCCACCCUUGGUGCGUCCAAUCCCGGACUCACCUCCCUGCAAGUACGUUUGUUAUAAAACCCGAGCAGUUUUUGCUAAGCCAAGGUGAAGCACGGUCCUAGACGAAGCUGGGGAUUAGUGAGAUUUAAUGUUAGAAAUGGCACCUCGUUCUCUAGAUCUACUUCACCAUCCAUCGUGUGUCACCAUAUCCCUAUUUGGUCAUUAAUUAUUGAUGAUAUGUGGUUCAUAUAAGAGCUUCAAACAUUUUUCUCAAGAUGUAGGGCUGCAUUACAUACAUUCAUUUAGCUCUGUCAGUUAAUCAAAUAAUAUGCCGUCCCCAAAAAGUUUAAACUGAAUCCUGGUGUUUUUAUUAGAAAUCAGGAGAUUCAAAGGCAAUUUCCUUGGAGGACCUUGUAGAAGCUGCAAAGGGAAUGAAAGAAUCUGAAAAUCAGAAGACAUCUGAACAAGAAGUGCCUAAGCAAACCCCACAAAAGUCAGGACCAUCAAAACCGUUGGCAACAAAACCGUCACCAGUAGUAAGCAAGUCAUCUGCACAAACCAAGUCGUCGUCCGCGUCAACUAAGCCGUCACCUGCGUCAACUAAGCCGUCACCUGCGUCGACUAAAUCGUCACCCGCGUCGACUAAGCCAUCACCCGCGUCGACUAAGCCAUCACCCGCGUCGACUAAGCCGUCACCCGCGUCAACUAAGCCGUCACCUGCAUCGACUAAGCUGUCACCCGCGUGGACUAAGCCUUCGCCCGCGUCGACUAAGCCGUCACCCGCGUCGACGAAGCCAUCACCCACGUCGACUAAGCCGUCACCCGCGUCAACUAAGCCAUCACCUGCAUCGACUAAGCCAUCACCUGCAUCGACUAAGCCGUCACCGGCGUGGACCAAGCCGUCACCAGCAUCGACUAAGCCGUCACCUGCGUGGACUAAGCCGUCAUCCGCGUCAACUAAGCCGUCACUCGCAUCGACUAAGCCGUCACCCGCGUCAACUAAGCCGUCACCCGCGUCAACUAAGCCGUCACCCGCGUCAACUAAGCCGUCACCUGCAUCGACUAAGCCGUCACCCGCGUGGACUAAGCCUUCGCCCGCAUCGACUAAGCCUUCGCCCGCAUCGACUAAGCCGUCAACCGCGGCCACUAAGCCGUCACCUACAAUCAUCAAACCGUCGCCUGCUACCAUAAAGCUGUCUCCCGCAAUUGCCAAUUCAUCCUCUAUACCAGCCAGACAUUCACCUGUGGCAUCCAAACCUUCACCAGGGCAAUCAAAAUCUAACACAGCAUCGAAAUCAUAUCCAACGACAAGCAAGCCAUCAUCUGCACCAGCAAGGUCAACACAGUCAAAACAAGAAACACAGCGACCAGUAGUACAACGUCAAGAGAAAUCGACAACAUCGUCACAUAAUUCCUAUCAUCGCCCCUCUCACCACCACCAAAGAUCGCCAGCGGAGGGACAGAAGUCUAUAAAAGCUGUUGGCUCUUAUGAGCAUGAGAGGAAGCAGUAUGACCGACACUCAAAGCCAGUGAGUAUAGUACUUCAUUUUCUCGUUAUAUAGUUUUCGUCUUUCUGUAUUCCUGACGUUUUUCAGUCGUGCUCUAAAGCCUUCCCCAUAAAUCAUUUUUGAAAUCCAAACCAUGACGCUUUUUUGCUAACUAGUCCAUGUCGUUAACAAUUAUCUAGGUCUCUGGGAGGAAACUAUACUGACAAACAGGAUUCGACAUUGAUGUGAUGCACUGAUGGGAUGAUUUUAAGCCUUGUUUUGUUUUAUUUAUUUAUUAAAUCUAGGCCAAUACAACAUCACGAAAUGAUGGUCCGUCUUCAUCGCUGAUGCCGCCUCCACCAAAGCAAUCCGUUGAAGCAAACAUUUUACAGAAACUGUUAGUUGCAAAACCCGCCAGUAAACAAGGUAGACCUGCAGUUAUUCUAGUUGUGAACACAAAUAUCGUACAGAAAAUAAGUACUAUUUCUUGUUUGCAAUGCAAAUUGGAGAUACUGUACAGUAGGGUUUUUUUGUGCAACAAUCUUAGAUAUGUUUUUUUUUUUAGAUUAUGGAAGUGAUCAACGCACGACCACUAGCCAGGUAAUAUAUGAUUUAUCACUUUUUCAGCAUAUCAUAAUUUUAGUUUCUAAUAUUUUUUUAGUCAUUUAUCAGUGCAUAUUGUAUUAUUUCGUUGCAAAAAGGUGUUUACAGUAUAUAAACGUAUCAGGAAUUUAACUCCAGAAUUUUACUUGCAUGUCUAUAGUUUUACUUCGUCAUAUUUACAGAAUUAUUUCACCUAAUUAAAACUGCGACGAUAUUCCCCUUGAAUUGGAAACAAGGUGCAUGCAUACCAGUAUCCGUGCAAUAUUGUUACGAAAACUCACGUCUUUAUACUGCCCACUUGUAGGCUGAUUCUCGCAGUCCUUAUGGAAGUCCUUAUCAAAGUGGUGGAAAGUCAAGUUCACCUGUCAGUGAAGUUUCACGUGGCUCGCCUAAAUCAAGCCAACAAUCGCAAUAUGGCUACAAUCCGGUAAGUGUGUGUGUGUGUGUGUGGUCUUUAACUUUACGUUUUUAGGAGUUCGUAAUGCGUUUCCUUGGUAACUUUGCACGCGAAUGUUGCCUAGAAAUAAUUUUCCAUUUGCGCAGAAUACCACCCUACAAAAUUUGCCGGAUAACUGAUCUAAAUGCUAUAUACGAUGCGCCUAUUAAUUGCUAAUUUAUUUAGUUUUUUCCACAAUUGAAUAUAUUAAUGAUUGGCCGGGAGCUGAUUAGAUACAGGUAGAUUAACGGAAGUCUGUAACUCCGAAAUGAACAUUACAAUAUUUUCCAGCUUUCGACUAUGUUUUAGUCAUCUUAAUAUGGUGUCCCUACAUCGUGAAUUGCAUUUAAGACACACAAUUUCUAUUUCUUUCCAAUUUUUCUUUCUAUACCUAAAGACUGCCAAAUCUGCUGCUUGCUAAUAAUGAUUUAUCUAACUAAACCUUCAUGUAAAACAAUACUUACACUGUGGC